AUGGCUGACAACCAUGCCUUACAACCUAAUUUCAUCAAAGGGCAGACAAGCAACCAGGUGCGAUUCUUCUCCGAGAAAGUAGAGACGCCAAUACCUCGCAUCGCCGACGUCCUCCGGAGGGACCACCACGAGAUCGAAUCCGUCUAUGACCGGAUCCUCACGUCCAAGGAUCCAGACGAACAGACUCGGUUCCAGAACCAGUUCACGUGGGAAGUCGCCCGGCAUGCCAUCGGCGAGGAGCUCGUCGUGUAUCCUGCCUUUGAGAAGUACCUAUCGAAAGGGGGUGAGAUGGCAGACAGGGCUCGUCGCGAGCACCAAGAGAUGAAGGAGAAACUCAAAGAAUUCCAAAGCCUCAAGUCGACCGACCCCCAGUUCCACACCAAGCUGAAGUCUCUCAUGGCUGAUCUGCAGAACCACAUCGAGAAGGAGGAAUCAGGCGAUUUACGGCGGCUGGAAGAGGUUCUGAGUCAGCCUGACAGCCAAGGUCUGUCCAAGUCUUUCGACCGUACAAGGAUGUUUGUCCCCUCUCGAUCGCAUCCCAGCGCACCAAACAAGCCGCCCUUUGAGACGGUGGCCGGUUUGCUGACGGCGCCGAUGGACCGAGUGGCAGAUCUGUUCCGUAAAUGGCCAGACGAGACACGGUUUUUGUAA